UUCAAUCUACUCAACUCAGCUCGUUAAAAUUUAAUGGAGAUUGUUUAUCUUUGCUCGGAUAUGUCAAACUGUUAAUUAACAUUAUCGGUGUUUGCUAAAUAUUUUUCGCUGUUCUGCUCUUAUUAUAAAAAAUGAUUGCUUAUUUUUCCAGAUUUUUUAAAGUAACUAGCAAAUGAAGCUUAGAGAUUCCUUUUCUUUCCUAUCAGCAAUUGAAAUGUGAAUUAGUUUGUUUACGACACUUUUUUAAAAUUUAUUUUUAUAACUCUACUAUAUAGAAAUCAUGAGCAUGAAAAUUAUGCAAAAUUAUCAAUAUAUUAUGCAAGUUCCCAAUGGGAAUGAUCAAAAUUUUAAAAACUUCGCUUUUAAUAGUUUGCAUUACGAGAAUUGUAUAUGCAAACGAUUAGAAGCAACUGAUAUUUACAAUAAAAGGCUUGAAAACUCAGAAAUUUAUAACAAAAGGCAAGAAGGAACCGAGACCUUUAAUAAAAGACCAGAUGGAAAUGAAAUUUAUGGGAAAAGAACUGAUGACGAAAUCUUCAGCAAAAGACCAGAAGGAUCCGAGCAUUUUAACAAAAGGCCGGAUGGAUCUGAUAUUUAUAGCAAAAGAUUAGAAAGCUCCGAAAUGUAUAACAAAAGACCCGAUGGUUCUAAUAAUUUUAAUAAAAGAGUGGAGAAUUCAGAUCUUUUUUCUAAAAGAAUGGAGAAUUCUAGUGCUUAUAACAAAGAAGUUCAAACAACAUUAAGUAAUGUACUUGCCAAAAAACAUUUUAUAAACAAUUCAUUGCAUAGCUCAAGCCCUAAGAUGAACUUGUGUGACAUCUGUAAGAAAAGCUUUUCCACAAAAGGCAAUCUUCAAAAUCAUCAUGUUGUUCACAGUGGGCAAAAACCCCACGAGUGUUCAGUUUGCAAAAAAACUUUUUCACAGAGAAGUACUCUAGGAAAACAUUAUCUUAUUCAUACGGGAGAAAAACCACAUGUAUGUAGUGUUUGCCAAAGAGGUUUUCGCCAAGCUAACAAUCUUAGAAUACAUUUUCUGACACAUUCGGGUGAAAAGCCUCAUUUGUGCAGCAUUUGUAAAAGGGGAUUUACACAAAAAAUAGCUUUACAAAAACACAUGCUUACCCAUACGGGGGUUAAGCCACACGAGUGCAAUGUGUGUAAGAGACGCUUUACUACAAAAGGUAACCUUCAAAAGCAUUAUCUGACCCAUACUGGAGAAAAACCACAUAUUUGUGGUAUAUGUAGUCGAGGGUUUUCUCAGAAAAUCGCUUUGAAAAAACAUCAUUUGACUCAUACCGGUGAGAAACCUCAUGUUUGUAGUGUUUGCAGUAAAGGUUUUACUACAAAAGGUAAUCUUAAAUCGCAUUUCAAACGCCACACCCGAGAAAAAUCCGGAUUAUCUUCGUCUAUAGCUCAUUCCAUAGUUGUGCCGGCAUCUAUAGCGCAGUCUCUACUAGUACCUGCUUCCAUUGCACAGUCAAUUUUACCUCCACUAACUCAAUCUCAGCAAACUGCCACGCAAUCUCUUUCUUCCAUGUCACAGAGUAUAACUUCUAUGGCUCAGUCUAACAGUAUUGAAAACUCAAUAACUCAUUCUCACAGCAUUGCAUCCUCCAUUGUUCAAAUGCAUGGUAUAAAUUCUGUUCCUCACACGCAUGGUAUAUCAACUUCCUUGUCGCAAUCGCAUGGUUUGUCUGCCGCCAGAGGAGGAAGUAUCAUGAACCAGAGUCAUGAUACUCUAGUACAGUCUCAACAAAAUCAUUCUGUGUCUCCUUCUCAUGUGCCUGUAUCUAUCUGCCCGUCUAUUCCAGUCUCUCUUGUCCAGUCACGUGUAUCAACACCUGUUGGUCAUUCUUCAACAGCUCUUACGCAGUCCUGCGUGUCCACCAGUUCUGGCCAAUCGAACACUGUAACUAAAUCAGUAGCACAAUCUUUGGCCUUGUCAACUCACAAUCGUGGUCAGCCAUUAAAUGUUUCAUCAACAAUACCUAUACCAAAUUCACACACAAGACCACUAUCAAUACCAGUGUCUCAAUCUCAUGUAGAAGUACUUGGGAUGACUUCUCAGUCACUUGGGGGUACUGGUAAUUCGGCUCAGCCUGUUGCCAUGCCAACUUCUGUCUCAAUGGGAAGGUCAGAGGACAGUUGUAAAGGACAACAUAUUACAGUUUUAUAAAUUGAUUCGAUGUUUUAUGUUUUUAAUGUUAUGUAGUAAUUUACUUUGUGAUGUUUGUUCAUGUUUUUAUUACAUAAAAUUCUGUGUUAAUGUUUUUUAUACAUUUAAAAUUUUAGUUAAUGUUUUUUCUGUUUUUAUUGUUAAUUUUGCUUCUAUUUAUAAUAUCAUUAUUUCAUUAAAAGUGAACAUCUAACAUUAUGUUUAUUUUCAAAACAUAUAAUGAAUCUGAUUAUAUUAUAACUAUUCUGCAGUUGUUUUUUUUUAUUAUUUAUUUAUUGAGAGAUGGACAGUUAAAAAUCUUUUUUAAAUUCUAUUAGGAUUUUAUGUUUAUUCUAUUCAGCAUUAAUCUAAGUUGUAAAAAACAUUAUUUUUCUUUUGUUGUUAUUUAGUAAAAAAAUUUUAUUAUUUAUAAAAAAAAAAAUUCUCUUUUAAGAGUUUAAAAAUAAAAAAGAGUUGAAAGUUACAAUUUUGAGCAUUUCAUCAUGUUUGAAAUAUUUAACCGGUUUAUUUUCACAAAAUGAUUAUGUUGUAUAAUAUUUUGAUAAAAUGAUCAUGCU